AUGCGUUUCAUCUCUCUACUGUCACUCGUUACCAUUGUUGGCUCCGUUGCUGCGAGGGGCAUCGAACAUGUCGAUAAGCUGCUACCGGCAAACUUCCCUCGAAACCAUCCUCGCCAUCCACUACAGCAUGACCGGAACGCAAAGCGCCAGGUAGUCUUUGAAAAUACCACUACAAUCAUUCCUCAAAGCUCGAACACCACGCGCUUCGCCGUUAAUGGCACUGCUAUACCCAACGUCGACUUCGACAUUGGCGAGUCAUACGCGGGAUUGCUCCCAAUCUCUUCAGCGCCGAAUGCCAGCGAGCUAUACUUCUGGUUCUUCCCUUCCUCGAAUCCCAAUGCUACAGAUGAGAUCACCAUCUGGCUGAACGGUGGUCCUGGCUGCUCAUCUCUCGAAGGCUUUCUCCAAGAGAAUGGCCCCGUGUUAUGGCAGUACGGCACCUACAAGCCAGUUCGAAAUCCAUGGUCCUGGACGAACUUGACGAACAUGAUAUGGGUGGAGCAGCCUGUCGGUACCGGCUUCUCACAAGGGACGCCUACAGCUACGAACGAGGAAGAGGUUGCUGCCCAGUUCCUCGGCUUCUUCAAGAACUUCGUGGAUACCUUCGGGCUGUACAACAAGAAGAUCUACAUUACGGGGGAGAGCUACGCUGGAUACUAUGUCUCGUACAUCGCUGAUGCUAUGUUCAACACGAACGAUACGAGGUACUUCGAUGUGGAAUCCAUCCUGCUCUACGAUCCUAGCGUCACAUACGACGUCAUCCAGCAGCAGAUUCCCGCGGUGCCGUUCGUCGACUUUCACCACAGUCUAUUUCCAUUAAACGCAACAUUUAUGGAAGACAUCCACGCGCGCGCAGAUUCGUGCGGCUACACCGACUUCAUGAACACCGCCCUUACAUACCCACCACCUAGCCCCCUGCCCAGCGCACCGAAUGCUUCGGCCCCCGGCUGCGACAUCUGGACAGACAUCUACCUCGCCGUCAGUCUCGUGAACCCCUGCUUCGACAUCUACCAAGUCGCCACCACCUGCCCUCUCCUCUGGGACGUCCUCGGAUUCCCCGGCUCCUUCCCCUACCGCCCCGAAGGCGCAAGCGUCUACUUCAACCGCACGGAGGUACAAGAAGCCAUCAAUGCGCCGAUCCAGGACUGGGAGAUGUGUUCCAAUGGCGCGCUAGACCUGGACACCUCUCUGCCGGCCGGUCUGUCCGUCCUCCCUAGCGUUGUCGAGAGGACGAAAAGGACGGUCAUCGCGCAUGGCAACCUUGACUACGUCCUAAUCGCUAAUGGCACGCUGCUGAUGAUCCAGAAUAUGACGUGGGGCGGCGCGCAGGGCUUCCAGACGGAGCCGACGGAGGAGUUCUUCGUGCCGUAUCAUGAUGAGGCUAGUUUGAGCACGCUGGCGGGCGCGGGUGUUAUGGGAAUUGCGCAUACGGAGCGGAAACUUACGUGGAUAGAAACUUUCCUCACCGGACACAUGGUGCCACAAUACGCGCCUAGCGCUGCUUACCGCCAGCUUGAGUUUUUGCUGGGGAGGAUUGAUGACUUGUCGGAGAGGGGCAGCUUUACGACUUAG